AUCCUUAGAGACCUCAUUGGUGAGGGGUUCCCGGGUCUGGGAGAACUUUGGCUUUCACUUGACCGCAAACUUCCCCAGUGCUAAGGUUUGACACACUCUCCCUCUGUCUGGAUCCUCCCGGCGUGGUGAGCUGAACCCUCUCCAGACUGGUCUUCAGAAACCCCAUAAAGUACCUUGCUCGGAGUCGUCCCAUCUUCUGGUCCGGCCCCCGCGGCCCCUGCCCGGAGCAGAAGGACGAGCGAGGAGUGACUGGACGCUGAGCCUCCCUCGUGACCCCUCGACAGCCGAGCCGAUGGCCAAAAGGAAGGAAGAACACUUGAUGCCCAGCAGCCUCCAGAAGAGGCAGCGGCAGGAGCCGGACAGGGCGUCCGUGGAGGAGGACGACGAUGAGCCCUGCCUCGCCUUGUCCACUGGGAGCUCGGCCGCCCAGUCGAUGUCGGCGGAAGUCGGCAUCAUCGAGAGCAUCCAGCUCAAGAACUUCAUGUGCCACUCGAUGCUCGGACCCUUCAAGUUCGGCUCCAACGUCAACUUCGUGGUCGGGAACAACGGGAGCGGGAAGAGUGCUGUGCUGACGGCUCUCAUUGUGGGCCUCGGGGGGAAGGCCACAGCCACCAACCGGGGCUCCUCUCUGAAAGGCUUCGUGAAGGACGGACAGAGCUCCGCGGCCGUGUCCAUCACGCUGAGGAACCGCGGCGAGGACGCCUUCAAGCCGGCCGUGUACGGCGAGUCCAUCACGGUACACCAGCACAUCAGCAUCGAGGGCAGCCGCAGCUACAAGCUCAAGGGCCAGAUGGGGAACCUGGUUUCUUCAAAGAAGGAAGAGCUGACGGCGAUCCUGGACCACUUUAACAUCCAGGUGGACAACCCCGUCUCGGUUCUGACCCAGGAGAUGAGCAAACAGUUUCUGCAGUCCAAGAAUGAGGGCGACAAGUACAAGUUCUUCAUGAAGGCCACCCAGCUGGAGCAGAUGAGGGAGGAUUACUCCUACAUCAUGGAGACCAAGGCUCGGACCCAGGACCAAAUCAAGCAAGGGGAAGAGCGCCUGCAGGAGCUCCGGCGCCAAUGCCUGGAGAAGGAAGAGCGCUUCCAGAGCAUCGCCGACCUGAGCGUCAUGAAGAGGAAGCUGGAGGAGCUCAAGCACGAGAUGGCCUGGGCCCUGGUGGGUGAGUACGAGGCCGAGACCGAGGAGAUCCGGGCCAGCAUCGGCAUGGGCGAGCAGCGCACGGCCCGGCUCAGCCAGAAGGUGGAGGCCUGGCAGGCUAAGGUGAGGGCGGCCGAGGAGAGGCUGAAGGCCAUCCAGGACCAGCUGGAGCACAUCAGCGAGGAGGCCAUCGCCCUGGAGCCGCGCUGCAUCCACGCCAAGGAGGACCUGAUCCGCAGGAAGAAGGCCUACAACGACGCCGAGGUGCUGUACAACCGCUGCCGCAGUGAGCACCGGAGCCUGGCCAAGGACGGCGAGCAGCUGCAGGCCCGGAUCCAGGAGCUCAAGAGGAGCGCGGACCAGAGCCUGGAGCCGGCGCGGCGCGAGAGGCAGAGCAAGAUCGCAGCCCUGAGCGACAAGGCGCAGAGCCACGAGGCCCAGGAGGAGCUGCUGGGCCAGGAGCUGGAGCGCUUCCAGCAGGCCAUCAAGAAGGACAAGGAGGAGCGCUCCAGGAUCAUGCAAGAAGAAGCCGACAUCCGGCAGGUCCUGGACGCCAAGCGGAGCCACCUGGAGCACCUGCGGGGCAGCCGCAGCAACCGGCUCAAGCAGUUCGGCUCGCAGGUCCCGGCCCUGCUCGAGGCCAUCGACGAGGCCUACAAGAAGGGGCAGUUCACGCGCAAGCCGGUGGGCCCGCUAGGGGCCUGCAUCCGCCUCCGGGACCCCGAGCUCGCCCUGGCCAUCGAGUGCUGCCUCAAAGGCCUCCUCUUCGCCUUCUGCUGCCACAACUACAAGGAUGAGCGCGUGCUGCAGGGGCUCAUGAAGAGCUUCUACCCGCCGGCCACCUUCCGGCCUCAGAUCAUCGUCUCCGAGUUCCGGGACAAGGUGUACGACGUGACCCACAGGGCGGCCUAUCACCCCGACUUCCCCACCGUGCUCACAGCCUUAGACAUCGACAACGCCGUCGUGGCCAACAGCCUGAUCGACAUGCGGAGGAUCGAGACGGUGCUGCUGAUUAAAAGCAGCCCUUUGGCUCGUGCCGUGAUGCAGGCUCAGAAGCCCCCCAAGAACUGCAAAGAAGCUUUCACCGCGGACGGUGACCAAGUGUUCGAACGGCGCUAUUACUCCUCGGAGAGAACAAGGCCCCGCUACCUCACCGGCGAUGUCGAGAAGGAAAUCAGUCAUUUGGAGAAGGAAGUGGAGAACAAAAUGGCGCAGCUGGGCGCUCUGCAGCAGCAUGUGCGCUCCCUGGAGAGCGACCUGCAGAAGAAUCAGGAAUUGGUCAGCAGCCACCACCAGCACCUCAAAGAGCUCAAGAUUAAAAUUAAAAAAAUCCUUCUGGAAAUCAAAGAGCUUGAGAACGAAGAAGAAAACCAGUCGGUGGAUAUCUCGACCCUGGAGGAGGAAAACGAAGAAAUUCAGAAGCGGAUGAAGGAGGUGGAGGAGAAGAUGAGCGUCCAGAAGGAGGAAAUGGAGAGUUUAAGGAAAGCGCGUGCGGAGGCCGAGCAGACGUACGAGGACUUCAAGAUGAAGAUCCACCAGGUUUCGGAAUUGGCAGAGCCCGUGAAGGAGGAGCUCAAUGAGGCUGACGCCGAGGUGGACGCCCAGAAGCGCUCCCUGCGCCACUACGAGGACCGGCUCAGCCAGCACGUGGCCACCGUCCAGGUGAAGAAGGACGAGCUGGCCCGGACGGAGAGAGAGCUCGAGGAGAAGAUCGCGCUGGCCAAGAAGAUCUGCCCCGAGCGGAUGGAGGUGAAGAAGAGCCCCUCGGCGCUGGACAAGGAGAUCAGCCGGCUCCGGCAGAAGAUACAGAGCGAGAGCGACAGCCACGGGGACAAGGACGACAUCAUCAGGCAGUACAAGGAGGCCAAAGACACCUACCAGGACCUCGACAGCAAGGUGAAGAGCCUGAAGAAGUUCAUCAAGUUACUGGAGAAGAUCAUGGCCCAGAGAUACAGCACCUACCAGCAGUUCCGCAGGUGUCUCACCUUGCGGUGCAAGCUGUACUUCGACAACCUGCUCUCGCAGCGGGCCUACUCGGGGAAGAUGCUCUUUGACCACAAGAAGGAGACGCUGGCCAUCACGGUCCAGCCUGGAGAGGGGAGCAAAGCUGCCUUCAGUGACAUGCGGUCCCUGUCCGGCGGGGAGCGCUCCUUCUCCACCGUCUGCUUCAUCCUGUCUCUGUGGUCCAUCGCCGAGUCGCCCUUCCGAUGCCUCGACGAGUUCGACGUCUACAUGGACAUGGUCAACCGGAGAAUUGCCAUGGACAUGAUCCUGAAGAUGGCCGACUCGCAGCACUACCGCCAGUUCAUCCUGCUCACGCCACAGAACAUGAGCUCCCUCCCCCCGAGCAGACUGAUUCGAAUCCUGCGCAUGCCGGACCCCGACAGGGGCGAGAGAGGCCAGCGAGCCCUGCCCUUCAGGCCGGUCAACCAAGAAGAGGACGACGACUGAGGGCCGCUUCCCCGCCCGGCCGAGCUGCCGCCGCCGUCCCCGUUGUCAGUGUUGUGUGUCAGGUGUCGUUGCAGAGCUGGUGUUGGUCACGGAAAGCGUUUCAGGAAGAGAAGGCUGCUGCCCGCGGCCUGGCGCUCACAGGCGCCCCUCUUCCUGCAGACUUCCGGGAAGUGGAAAGGGCAGAGGAGGCCCAUUCCACGGGCGGUUAGUCCAGGCGCGGGGCUGGCCGGGGUCCUCCUCGCCCUUCUGUGGCCGCACGUGGUGCAUGUUCUAAGGUUCUUCCUUUCCUGUAAGCCCGCCUGGAGUCCGUGGUAGGUCUAACCCCUCUGUCGCCCUCUCCACGAGUGCCCGUUUCUCAGCUGUUGGCACGGACAGCUCCUGCUUGGGAAGGAAGACAUAUUGGAGGGGAAAAAACAGUGUCUGUCAGUUGUGAGAAAUUCAAAAUAAAGUUGUUGAUAACCUGGAAAAA